CUGGCGUCGUGGUUACUUUCCCGUUUGCUCUACAAGUCGUUAGACGAAGAGGAUAACUCCUCAUCCGUGUCCUCACUUUCAAGUAAUUCGGACGUCGUAGAUUUAGCUUCAACUGGAUAUCUUCACGAUAACUUUGAUCAGGAAACUAUACGAGAGCUAUUAGAUAAUCCACAAGCUAUGGGCAGUUUGGAGAAAUUGAUAAGCGAAUCAUACAAGUUCAUUCGGAUGGCCGACGAUUUACAUGAUGUGGCUCAGUAUUUGAAUGAUAUGAGAAUAUGUUUUAUUGCUAUUACAAUUACUGGAUAUGUGCUAUUGAUUAUUUAUGGAUUCGUUUUGUGUAUGAGGAGAAAUCGGCAGAAUCAACCACGACGUCGAAAUUGGGAUUACCCGCUUGAAACAACACGAGAUUUCAAUAACACAGCACAAACCAACACAGAUGAAUUAACUUCCGUAAGAGGUGAUGGUAACAUCGGUUAUGGCAGGAGAUCUCAUCGGCUAACCAAGAACUCACUCGAACGCCGUUCCGUCCUUCAUGCGUCACGGACAGAUGAACCAUCAACAGACGAGACUGAUGGCCGAGCAGGACGGAGCAGUAGUACGAAGGGGCGGGGCCUCGCAGGAAGUGAAGCACCAGAUUCCUCACAUCACAACGGAUCCGCCGGUCGAUGA